UGGCCUCUUCGCUGUUUUAAAUUUGAUUGAUAGUUUCAAGAUUUUAACUUUCUCAUUCUGCUCAGAGACGUCGAGAGCAAUUGGCUUUAUGGACCUCUUCCUCCAGAGCUCGGGAACUUGUCCAUGCUAUAUCGAUUGUGCCUUACAUCAAAUAAUUUCACGGGGGAGCUGCCUCAAACAAUUUUUAACUUAACGGAUUUGGAGUACCUGCAACUUGGUGAUAAUCAGUUCAUAGAAAAGAUACCCAAAUUUAUUAAGAACUUGACAAGUCUUGAAAUGCUAGUUAUUGAGGGAAGUGGAUUGCAAGGGCCGAUUCCCUCUGAGAUCGCAGUUUUAGAGAGAUUGUCAGUCUUGAGAUUAAGUGACCUCGAUGGACCCGAGUCCCCAGUUCCAAAACUUGGGUGUAGAAAUAUUGUGAAACUGAUUCUGAGGAGCUGCAAUCUCAUGGGCGAGCUACCUGCUUAUCUAGCAAAAAUGACAAACCUAAAAACAUUAGACCUCAGCUUCAACAAUCUGAGUGGCAAAAUCCCUGAAUCCUACCGCAGCCUGGAAAACAUAGGAUAUAUCUAUCUGACUGGAAACCAGUUGACUGGAGCAGUCCCUGAUUGGAUCCUGAUGAAAGGAAAAAAUGUUGAUUUAUCAUACAACAACUUCACUGCUGGAGGCUCAGAAUGUCAAGAAAGAUCUGUCAACUUGUUCGCAAGCUCCGAGGUUGAGAAUGCUGGACUUGUCUUAUGUUUGCAGAGUCCCCAUUGUACAAAAAAACGGUAUAACCUCUUCAUAAAUUGCGGUGGGAGCGAAGCAAACAUAGGGGGCAUCACAUACGAAGAUGAUUCGUGGGAGGCUACACCUUCAAGAUUCUUCAGGAGGGACUACUGGGCGUGCAGUAGCACUGGUUACUUCCCCGAUUACGAUACCGCUAGAUAUAGCUAUACAGUUGAAAAUACAUCCAGACUGUCCAUGAGUAAAACCCAACUUUACACGAAAGCACGACGUUCUUCUAUCUCUCUAACUUACUAUGGUUUUUGUCUGAUGGAUGGGCCCUACAAUGUAACCCUUCAUUUUGCGGAGAUAAUGUUCACAGACGACGAAAGUUAUCAAAGCCUUGGGAGGAGAGCUUUUAAUAUUUAUAUACAGGGGAAAUUGAUGUGGAAAGAUUUCAACAUUAAGAUUGAAGCAGGUGGAGUUGGAAAGGAGGUCAUAAAAAGUUUUCCUGCCAAUGUGACCAAGGGCACUCUGGAGAUACGAUUCUACUGGGCUGGGAAAGGAACCACUGCUAUACCUGACAGAGGAGUCUAUGGUCCUCUUAUAUCUGCUAUCUCCAUCUAUCCUGGCUUUGAUCCCCCAACCAGCAAAUCUGCUGGCACAGUGGCUGGGAUUCUGGCUGCUAUAGUUUUUGUAGUUUUCCUUAUCCUGGUUAUCCUUUGGUGGAGAGGAUGCCUUGGACGUAAAGAUAAAAUGGCAGAAGAAUUGAAGGGUCUAGCAUUGCAAAUUGGUUUAUUUACCUUGCGACAGAUUAAAGCCGCCACAAACAAUUUUGACGCUGCCAACAAGAUAGGAGAAGGUGGUUUUGGUUCUGUCUACAAGGGUUUUCUGUUAGAUGGCACCACUAUAGCAGUGAAGCAGCUUUCUUCCAAAUCACAGCAAGGAAAUCAUGAGUUCCUGACUGAGAUUGGGAUGAUUUCUGCUCUUCAGCAUCCACAUCUGGUGAAACUCUAUGGAUGCUGCAUUGAAGGAAAUCAACUUUUGCUGGUUUACGAGUACAUGGAAAAUAACAGUCUUGCUCGCGCUUUAUUUGGUCCUGAAGAAUUUCAGUUAAAGUUGGAUUGGUGGACAAGACACAAGAUAUGUGUGGGUAUUGCUAGGGGCUUGGCAUAUCUUCAUGAAGAAUCAAGGCUGAAGAUUGUGCAUAGAGACAUUAAAGCUACUAAUAUUUUACUAGAUAAGGAUCUCAACCCUAAAAUAUCGGAUUUUGGUUUGGCAAAGCUUGAUGAGGAAGACAACACACAUAUUAGCACCAAGAUUGCUGGAACUUAUGGAUAUAUGGCACCAGAGUAUGCGAUGCAUGGUUACCUCACUGACAAAGCUGACAUCUAUAGUUUUGGCAUUGUUGCCUUAGAAGUUGUUAGUGGCCAGAGCAACAGUAGUUCCGAAAAAAAUGAGGAAUGCUUUUAUCUACUUGACUGGGUACGAGUUUUGAAGGAGAGAGGAAAUUUGAUAGAUUUAGUUGAUCAGAGGCUCGGUUGUCACUUUGACAAAGAGGAGGCGCUAGUAUUGACAAAGGUAGCUCUGAUGUGUACUAAUGCGACUCCAGCACUCAGGCCGCCGAUGUCAUCUGUGGUUAGAAUGCUUGAAGGCAAGGUUGCUGUUCCGGUGCUGGACUUUGGAGGCGCUGUCAUGACUGAGGAGAAAAUUGAGGCCAUGAGGAAGCAUUUUAGAGGUGACAAACAUCAGGCAGUUGGAGAGAAUAUCACCAAGAGUAUGUCCAUUGAUGGGCCAUGGAUCGGAACCACUUCGUCCGCAUCUGCUAAUGAUCUUUAUCCAAUAUUUCUGGAUACUGAUUACCGACAGAAGAAAGGUUUGUUUUGUUCUAAGUAAAAUAGUUCCCCAAAGAACUAGGGCUUUAGCGCUUGAAUUUCUCUCCGAAGUCUCUUUCGCUUACAUUUGAAACUGAAGGUAUAGAUAAUAUAAAGAAAACAACUGUUAUGCAGUGCCAUAAUUGUGUAUUGUGAACUCAUUAGUAGGGAAAGCCUGAAGACAAUAGUUUGUGGUUUGGUGGUUGUAUUUGAGCCGUUUCUUUCCAUAUUGUUAUUCAAACAGAGACGAUGUUGCGACUUUUUUUCUCUUCACACAAUAACGAUGCAGAUGGUUGCCACUGCAAGGGAGGAAUCUAUUAUGGAAGUUCUUCAUUUGUUUGAA